AUGUAUUUUGGCAAAAUCGUUUUGACCUUUUUAUGUUCGGCCGUCUCUGGCUUUGACCACAACCUCGUUGAUAUUGAGAGUUUGGAAUCAAAUUCGGGGAACUUGGACGCGCCUGUAGGGUCGACAACGGUGCAAUUCGUCUUCGAUAGAAGAGGGGGGCGAAAAACAAAUGUGGGAGUAAAACAGGGAAAAGCUGGACCCGUGGGCCUUAUUGAAAGACUGAGGGACCUUGGUGAAUGGAUUUCUGUCGAUUUGGGCCGCAUAUACAACCGAGCGAGCCCAGAAAUGACCGGCAUCAUCGUUGACGCUUUUAAAAAUAAGCAAGAACUUGAAGCAUUGGAGCAGCGGAACAAAACCGAAAAGACGACACAUGUUUUGGAAUGGUUCUGCAAUUUCUGGUCACACUGGGUCACAGCGGCACUCACAGACCAAAUCAGGCGGAGCUUACAAGUCAAAUUCCGCCAGGUCACACCAAGUCCUGACGCUGGUGGUAUGUGCGACGCUUUGAGGCCCCAAUCAGCUCAAUAUUGCAAUAUUCCCAGCACGAGAUCUGGUCAAAUCUGGCCAUCUUUCCCUCAAAAUUCACACUUCUGGAGUUUAAGAGCAUAGUGUCGGCUACCUGUGCAGUGAUCGUUGAGCCUCUGGAGGCCCAAGUGCAUAUCUCUUACCGGUUGCAUCCGGUGUCCAACGAUAGUAUCAGUCAAAAGAUACUAACAAUCCUGAACUCCCUCGAUUGCGAAGGUGUAUCUUUAAACGACGAGGAAGGUCUGGAUAUUAACGCGCCAGACUGCCGAAGGUGCCUGUACGGGAACGGAUCUCGUCCGCGGUCAACUCCUCAAGCAAAGACCACGCCCCUCGGUGUUCAGCGCCAUGGACAUUGUUGUCCCCCAUAA